AUCAAUAAAAAGAUUUCUAUUAGGAAUUAUCAUAUAUUGGAUACAGGGAAGUGGUUUUUCGAACACUACGUGCAGAUUUACAAAUUGAACAUUGGAAAGCAGCUUUCAGAGCAGCUCUACUUGAAAUCAGUUGAAGUAAAAUAUUGAAAACAUCAUUGCUUUACUGCCAACAGCCAGAAGUGUGGUUUGUCCAGUGAAAAAAGUAAAUAAACGUCACGAAAACCCAAAAUGGUCUUCAAGGUUUAGUCAAAUUAAUGAACAUCUUGCAAACAGCUUGGCAAAGAGAUCGACACAAAUACAAUCUUAUCCUGUGCAUGAUUUUCUAGACUCAAACGUAGCCAAUUUAUUAUCGAACGAUUCACUUUACAAAAAGGUGCUGCAUAAAUAAUCAAAAGGUGAUUAUCAGCUACAGAUAUUUAAAAAGAAUUUAAGUGAACAUCCAGCGCACAUUUCUAGGAAUAUAAACAAAAUGGCGGCCGGUGAUCCAAAAUGGCAAAAGGAUGCUUCUGAUCAAAAUUUCGACUACAUGUUCAAGCUCCUGAUUAUAGGAAACUCAAGUGUUGGGAAGACUAGUUUUCUUUUCCGAUACGCGGACGAUUCAUUUACUUCGGCCUUCGUCUCAACCGUUGGUAUCGACUUCAAAGUAAAGACCGUUUUUCGCCAUGAAAAGCGAGUCAAACUACAAAUAUGGGACACUGCCGGGCAAGAAAGAUAUCGUACAAUUACAACAGCGUACUACAGGGGAGCAAUGGGAUUCAUUCUGAUGUAUGAUAUAACUAACGAAGAAAGUUUCAAUUCCGUUCAAGAUUGGGUUACGCAAAUAAAAACAUAUUCAUGGGACAACGCACAAGUUAUUCUGGUCGGAAACAAGUGUGACAUGGAAGAUGAGCGCGUUAUUUCCUUCGAACGUGGCAAACAAUUAGCCGAUCAAUUGGGAGUUGAAUUUUUCGAAACAUCUGCGAAGGAGAACGUCAACGUAAAGAAUGUAUUCGAAAGACUAGUGGAUAUAAUUUGCGACAAAAUGUCAGAGAGCUUAGAUGCUGAUCCCGCGCUAGUAACUGGAGGACAAAAGGGGCAGCGACUAACUGAUCAGCCACAAGGUCCGCCAAAUGCAAACUGCAAUUGCUAAGCAUUUGCCCGGCCAGAGAAUUAUCAACAAUUCGCAACAAUAUAUGCGGUGUACUAUUAUAAAACAAUCUAAAGUUAUCGCUAGAACUACAGAAAAAACAUUAAAAUAGCUCGUACAUGAUGCACCCAAAAUCGAAAGGAUAAUCAUGUUCCAAUGCAUUUCUCAUAUUAAGUUUUCGGCAAAAAUUACACAAAGCAUAACCUUAAACCAAGACAGAUUGCUUGAUUUGAUAUAAGUUUGCAGACAGUUAGAAAAAUUGACAUAUUUAGCUGGAAAUAUGUAGUUGUGAACAUGAAAAAAUGUAAAUUAUGUUUGAAACUUAUAAAUAUCUAAACGAUUUGUACAUUUUUAGUUUAGUUCAGUAUACAUACGUUUUACCUAUGUUUGAAUUGUUAAAUUUUGUUGACAAUAAACACAGAUUAAACUAGAAAGACAUUUAUUUAAUAGAUGGUAUCUAUAACAUUCGAACGUAGUAUUAUUUAAUAGAAAUAAUCAAUCCCGUAUUGUUGUACAUCUCAAGUUCGAACAAACUAAGUAUCCCUGAAAAGAUGUGUGAAAAAGCGAAUUGAUGAUUUAUAUAUUUUUCUUAUAAUUUAUAUAAUUUACAAAUGAUUAUUUCUAUUGUUUGUGUUUCUAGAAAACUAGUCCAUCAAGUUAUAAUAAACCAACAUGAUUUAAAAUUUUGAUUUGUUAAAAAAAGACAAUUAUUUUCAUUCGAACAACCAUCUUUCAUCGAAACCAAUCUGAUUUUUUAAGUCUACAGUUGUAUUGUGAAGGUUUUUAAACCUUUCAAAAUGUAAAAAGCUAGUUCAAAGACGUACUUCCAAAAUAAAAAAAAAUUAAAUAGCGAUAAAUCGAUCGAAUUUGAACUUUAGGACCUUGUUUCAGUUUAAAAGUAUGUCAUAGUUUAAAAGAAGCGUUACAUUUAGAAUUGUUUGGACAGUAAACAAAAGGAAUAAUCAUAAUUUAAAAUUUGUCAGAUUUUCAAUCUUUUCCAUAUAAUUCAAUUGAACAUGGUCAACUCAAAAUAUCAAAACCUCGUGUUAGUCCAAUUGAAGCAUAUGAGAAAAGGCACAUCGAAUCGUUAAACUAAAAUAAAAAAUAUUCGUGAAAGGUAAAGAAGAACAAUAAAUACGAAAUAAAUGUUUUAACUGUAUAAUCCAUCUGUUGGCAUUGUUCAUUUAAUAUUGAUUAAAGUCAGAAUGUAUCAACA